GUUUGGGGAAUGAGUCCCCUGAGUUGGGCUGGCGGGCCCGCGGCCCCGGCAGGCGGCGAUGUCUGAGCAGAAGGGGAUUCCGUUAAUAAUUUCGCUCAGGAGCGCGAGGGAGCGGCUGAACCAGCAGUUGAGGCGGCUGAGCAAGGCCCUCAGUCACGGAUCCUCCGGCCUGGCCCAUAUCCACGGGCAUUCGCCGCUGGAGCUGGGCUACAAGAGGGCGCAGGUGCGGCGAGAGAAAGUGAAAAUGUGGGUGCCCUGGAACGGGCUCAUCGUGAUUGGAAAGAGGGUGGAGCUCCUGGGCAGAAACACGCAGAAGCCUAGAAUGUGGGACCCAAAGGCUGAUUCUGAGUACUGGCGGCCGGAAAGUGUGGGGAAGACCGUCUUGAAAGAGAAGGCAGGGAGUCAGGGAAGGACGGGCAGUGCCGCGACUGCGUUACAGGAUUCUGCGGGUUUGGGGCCAGACAGCUCAAGGGAGAGUUGGGGAAAGCAAGACGUCAAAGGCAAAAUCGGGGCCGAAUCUAAGCCUGCAGGGAUGACCGGAGAGUCUAGGAAAGGAUCUGCGUCUGAAGAGAGGUCCAAGUCUACUGGGGAUAGAGUAGGGACUAGUGGAGAGGACUUGAGAUCCAGAGAAAAUCAGUUGCAGCAGAACAAGGGGCACAGGUUGAGUGGGGAGGAGCUGGUGUACAGGGGAGAGAAGCGGGGGUCCGGUGGAGAGAACCCGGUGUACAGGGGAGAGAAGCGGGGGUCCGGUGGAGAGAACCCAGUGUACAGUAGAGAGAAGCGGGGGUCCAGUGGAGAGAAGCGAAGAUCCAGUAGAGAGAAACUGAAGUCCAGCGGAGAGAAACUAAGGACUGAUGGAGAGGAUUCGAGAUCCAUUAGCGAUAAACUGGGGUCAAGUGAGGAGAAACUGGAAUCUACUGGAGAAAAACUGAGAAGUGAAGAGAACAUUGAAAGAGUGAUAGAAAUUCCUGGUGAUGAAAGAGGGCUAGGAUUUACAGAUGAGGAGAUGGAAAUUCCUUCUGAAAGUAUAAAAGGGACAGAUAAAGAACUGGAAGGGAUUGAGGAAGGGGUGGAAGCUGAGGGGGAUAACUUACGUGAAGUAAAGGAUAUUACUGGUGAAUUCAUUUCCAUGGAAGAGAAAAACGUUACAGGUGAAGGUCCCAGUGGAUGAGGCAGAUGCAGGAUUGCAAUGAAGGAAGGAGACAUGCAGGUAGGGGAACUACUGAAAGUCAAAGAGGAGAAGGUAGACCCAUGCACAACAUUAUUCAGAAGGUUGUGGGAAUGGAGCAGAGCUGUUGGGCCAGUACCAGUGGAUGGAAAAAAAAAAAUUGUAAAGAGGGAAAUGAGAACAUUCUGAGGAGAAAGGAGAUUUGGUAAUAGUAGAAGAAAGUUGGAGUUGGGGUUCUUAAAUCGCUCUUUGAGAAGUGACCUUAGGAUGGGCUGGAAGGAUUUCAUCUGACACACAAUUAGGGAGAUAACAUGCAGGGGUGGCCUGAUGGGAAUUGCAGCAGGGAAAAGGGUAGAUAUUGGGGGCUGUGGAAGAAGAAGCAGGCCUGGAGUAAGAAAAGUGAACUCGGAUCCUGAAGAAGGAGAGGCUCCAAAGUGACAAAAGCAAGGGAAGAGGAGAUGAGCAAAUUAAGUGGAAAAAAGCCCAAAAAAUCUGUGCCUCCCUGAGAUCAUUGCUUGCAGCCUCCUUUCUUGACUCGUCAGGAAUUGUCCUCUCGCCUGAGUCCUGCAUGGACACAAGGUCAAAGUUCAGGCAGUUCACCGUGUGUGAAAACCUCUCAGACUGGCACGUUGUACAAAUUAUGAUCCAAAUGAUCAGAUGUCUGUUCUUUGUCUGGAUGACAUUUUCACCUGGGAAAUCAUGUGUUCCACCGAAGCCACAGAAAUACAAGUGAAGGUCAAAGCUCUGUGACAAACGCCAGCCACCUUGCUGGCACGGAUCGGGGAUAAAGGAAACUAUGGAAGUGACAUCCAAAUAUUGGUUCUGAAAAACCAACGGACUGGAGCAGGUGUGCACCACGAGAUCCAGCCAUGGCCUAAGGAAGUCACAGAUGUGCCACCUCGCCCUGCCCUUCGGUUCCUUGUGGGGCCCUGGAGGUGAUGGGGGACUCGCAGCCACAUGUGGGACAGCGCUGCUGACUGGGUGUUCCUGCACCAGACUUACCCUGUCAGCAAGACACUGCAUGUAGCAUUCGUUUGCCAAAUUGUGGCACAUUAUGCAAAUCUCUUCUAAGCUCAAUUAAAUUGUUUAGAAAUAUUGUAGACAGGAAAAGCUAGAAAUGCCUAUAACAAACCAUGAUUACUGAGAUUAGAGUGCUUUGAACUUGAGCAUUAGAGAACCUUGUGAACUUGUAGGAUUAACCAGGACAAGUGCCCAUCUCUUCCAAGAAGUAUACAAGUUUGUAAAGAGUAACAGCACUGGCGAGAGGUAUUUGGGCAAUCUGGGAGCAGUUGAAGAAGGGAAGGAAGGAAAGAGCUCAGAAAUCAGAACACAUCUCCCAGUACCGAGAGUUGUUUUCCCCUGCACUAAACACUGGAGGUGGAACUGUCUGGGUCAGUUACCUGGGUAGAAGAACAAGCUGCCAGGAAGAAGCCAUGGGGUGAAUGCCCCUGGCGGCCUCUUUGAUUUCAAAGGCGAAAUAGUUGAACCCCAGACCUCACUGUAAGAUGUGAAGCGUCACUCCAAAUUUAUAAGCUCAUUAAACUAGUAUUUUUGACUGUCUACAUGUUUGACUUUACAGAAAAUACACAGAAUGCUUCCAGCCACACCUAAGCCUUCUUAAACCACUUAGCUGACAGUUUUUUCUUCUAAUUACUCAAGUGAGCGUCUCUGUUAUUUAUGAAGUUUGUGGAAGGCAGGGCAGGAGGGAUUUGUGGUUUGGUACCCUUGGCAGUGUAGAGGGAUCAAGUGCAGUCCAUCUUUUGAAAUCAAUUUAACUGUCAGACUAUCAGAGACUGCCAGGGUUGAAGACCAUUCCCUUAAAAAAUAAAAUCAGGUGACUGAUUUGCUCUAGCUGAGGGGCCAGAGAAAGGGCUUUUGAGUUCAUUUGCAUUUCUUCACUGACGUUUUGGCUGGCUGGUUCACCCAAGAGCUCCCCCUCCCCAUUUUUCCUUUUUUUUUUCUUUCCUUCCUCCGAUGCUGGUCAGUCAAUGAGAUAAUAGUCAUCAGAUCUGACCACAUCCAGGAGCAUGCAGCCCGCAUCAUCACACGGGUCCACUCACAGGUCCCCACUGACCGAGUUUCCAUCCACUGACCUGGGACGGCACCCAAGAAAAGGGAUGCUGCUGAUGCAGUGGAUUGUGGUCCUCUUGGUGGGAGUUGUGCUCCUGACCUGACAUCAACAAUCUUAUCUCCAGAAAUAGGUUAGGUGGUGGCUCCGCCACUGUGCCUGCUCAUCACCUCCAGGGUGACUGUGUAUCUCCAGCCUCUGUUCCGGG